AUGGGUUUUCGUUUGCCCAGUAUUAUUCAUGCUAAGCAAAAUCUUCGACACUUCCCCUCGAACCAAGCUGCUCCGAAGGGCUAUUUUGCAGUCUAUAUUGGGGAAAGCCAAAAGAAGCGGUUUGUGAUUCCAAUAUCAUGCUUGAACCAGCCUUCGUUCAAAUACUUGCUAAGCCAGGCUGAAGAAGAAUUUGGAUAUAAUCAUCCCAUGGGUGGUAUCACAAUCCCUUGCAGUGAAGACAGAUUCCUUGACCUCAUUUCUAGCUCCAGUGGAUGAGACUGGAUGUUCACAUACAGUUUUGACAUCAAGGACAGCGGAAAUGUAACUUCUUGACAUCGAUUAUUGCCGAAGUCAAUGGGAGUGGGAGGCUAACAUUAUGGAUUUAAGUACGGUUACAGAUAUUUUUUCAUCUGAGAAAACAGCCAUGUAAAUGAACUUAGGGAGUAACAUAUAGAUCGAUUGUUCUUCCUUUUGCAUGGGUGUUUCUCUUUUAUGACCA